GGCUUAUGAGGUUAGGUGUUAUACUUAUGCGCCACCUGCUGUUCAACUGCGGAGUUUUUUCUGGAAAAUCACAGUGAUUUUACAUGAUUGGAAUCACCUAUUAUUAUUCUUACACCAUAUCCUCGAGUUUGAUCCGGUUUGAUCUCCUUGUUUUUACUCCGUGAGGUAGUCCUACACAUAACUGCAUAACCUAUGCUUGUAUUUUAACCCGUCAAUUGCGUCAGUUUCCCGACCAUGGUUGUCUUGAUCUAUUGAAUCUUGUUUGAAAAGUGCUGACGGGCGAUGUCAUAAGCCACGUAAUAUUUUCGAAUUCUAGAGGAGGCCGCGAUUCGCGGUGCUGUUCUUAAGGAGCUGUUCAGGAAAAGAAAUUGAUGUCAUUUCUGUCACUUAGAUUCGCAAGAAAGGAUUGCAUAGUAAUAGAGGAGGUGGCGAAAGAUGUUGGUCAGCAGCCAGCCGUGCACUCUAGUCACAUAUGUUGUCAUUCGCUAACUUGCUCCAAUGUUGACGCAUUGAGGGACAAGCAUUGAACGAACGUGGAUCUCGAGCUGCCGCGUGGGGAGUAGGGUGAUGAUGCAAAAUAACUCCAAGACUAGAGAGAUGUUUAUCGUCCGAGCUUUGGAAAAAAUAUUGGCUGAUCGAGAUGUCAAAAGAUCACACCUCUCGCAGCUCAGGAAGUCCUGCGAGUCUGCGCUUGAGGAUCUCCGCAAUGAGAUCAAAGACGUACCAGCUGUACAGGGUGAAGAGGUAACCUCAAAUGCCCUUCCACAACCCAAGAGUGACUCAAAUGUUAUUACAGCCGAGAAGUACUUCCUGCCGUUUGAGUUAGCAUGCCAGAGCAAGUCACCACGUAUCGUGGUGACAGCACUAGACUGUCUGCAGAAAUUAAUAGCAUAUGGCCAUCUUACUGGCAAUGUGCCCGAUUCGACGGAGCCUAAUAAGCUACUGAUUGUACGCAUUGUCGAGACAAUUUGUGGCUGCUUUACUGGUCCACAAACUGACGAAGGUGUACAGCUGCAGAUUAUUAAAGCUCUGCUGACUGUGAUGACAAGCCAGCAUGUGGAGGUGCAUGAGGGUACAGUACUGUUGACAAUUCGUACGGUUUACAAUGUUUAUUUGGCAUCACGUAACCUGGUGAAUCAGACAACAGCACGUGCAACUCUUACGCAGAUGAUUAAUGUGAUCUUUGCGCGAAUGGAGACUCAGGCAGAGGAAGAUAAUAUAAGAAUCGAUGGAGAGCAUCAGCAGGAAACUGAAACCGAGUUAAAUUCAGAGAAUGUUCCUGGUAAUGAUUCUGUUGAUCUCCAAAUAAUUGUCAGAGGUAUCCUUGAUGAUGUAGUGAAAUCCGUGGUGCCAUUGGAAGAGGAAGUCAAUCUGGAAAAUGGCAGUCCUGAAGACAAUGGUGACGAGGCAGUUGCUGAAAAUGACAAUAUGGUUACUGCUAAAUUUACUCAUGUGCUGCAAAAGGAUGCAUUUCUGGUGUUUCGUGCUCUCUGCAAGCUCUCUAUGAAACCGCUGCCAGAUGGCACGCCUGAUCCAAAAUCGCAUGAGCUCCGUUCCAAGAUCUUGUCGCUUCAGUUGCUUCUGGGAAUCCUGCAGAAUGCCGGUCCGGUAUUACGUUCCAACGAGAUGUUCGUUAUCGCCAUUAAGCAGUAUUUGUGUGUUGCACUGUCAAAGAAUGGUGUGUCUUCAGUGCCAGAGGUGUUUGAACUAUCAUUGGCAUUAUUCUUGGCGUUGCUUGCACGCUUCAAGAUGCACCUGAAGAUGCAGAUCGAGGUAUUUUUUAAGGAGAUCUUUAUGAACAUUCUCGAGACUUCUAGCAGCUCCUUUGAGCAUAAAUGGAUGGUCAUACAUGCACUUACGAGGAUCUGUGCAGACGCUCAGAGCGUCUCGGCAGCGAAUCUCUUUGAGAGACUUGUCAAUGAUCUUUCUAAGAUUGCUCAGGGUCGUCAGGCUUUAGAGUUAGGUGCGUCACCAAAUCAGGAGAAGUCUAUGCGUAUCCGUGGUCUCGAAUGCCUUGUAUCUAUUCUGAAGUGCAUGGUGGAGUGGAGUCGAGAUCUCUACGUGAAUCCCAGUGUACCGGCGGACCAACAACCAUUGUCAGAUCUACCAGAUACGGCGCCAGAAAUCCCAUUGCCACGUUAUGGCAGCGCCGGCAGCCUCUCAUCUGCCAAUUCUAGUUUAAUCGGUAAUAAAGAGGUACCGGAUUCGCCGGAGCAGUAUGAAGUGCAGAAACAACAGAAAGAAGUAUGGGAGACUGGUAUCGAGAUCUUUAGCCGAAAGCCUGGCAAGGGCGUGCAGUAUUUGCAGGAACAAGGAUUGCUUGGUACUUCGCAGGAGGAUGUAGCCAGGUGGCUGCACCUGGACGAGCGGCUCGAUAAAACCGCCAUUGGGGAUUUUUUGGGUGACCAUAAUCAUAAUCAAGUAAUGUACCAUUAUAUUGACCAAAUGAAUUUUGCCGAUCGCGAUCUAGUAACCGCGCUCAGGUAUUUCCUGGAAGGCUUUCGGCUACCUGGCGAGGCACAGAAGAUCGACCGAUUGAUGGAAAAGUUUGCUAGUCGCUAUUGCGAGUGUAAUCCUAAUAACGGCCUUUUUACGAGUGCGGAUACAGCCUAUAUUCUAGGUUUUUCAAUCAUAAUGCUGACCACCGAUUUACACUCGCCGCAGGUUAAGAAUAAAAUGACCAAAGAACAAUACAUUAGGCUUAAUCGGCGCAACAGUGACAAUGAGGAUCUUCCUGAGGAAUAUCUGUCUAGGAUCUACGAUGAAAUUGCCGGCAACGAGAUUAAGAUGAAGUCGAAUCCUAAUAAUAGCCGACUUGCUGGAAAACAACUUAUUUCUAGUGAGAAGAAGCGACGGUUGUUAUGGAACAUGGAAAUGGAAGUAAUUUCUACGGCGGCGAAAAAUUUGAUGGAAUCUGUCAGUCAUGUUCAGGCACCGUUUACUACAGCGAAACAUUUGGAACACGUGCGGCCAAUGUUCAAAAUGGCCUGGACGCCAUUUCUCGCGGCCUUCAGUGUUGGACUUCAAGACUGUGACGAUCCAGAGAUUGCGUCGCUCUGCUUAGAUGGUAUCAGAUGUGCCAUUCGCAUCGCCUGCAUCUUUCACAUGAGCCUCGAACGCGAUGCCUAUGUACAAGCUUUAGCGAGAUUUACUUUGUUGACGGCCAACUCCCCCAUUACCGAAAUGAAAGCGAAGAACAUCGAUACUAUCAAGACUCUUAUCACAGUAGCUCACACCGAUGGCAACUAUCUAGGCAGUUCAUGGCUCGAUGUCGUCAAAUGUAUCUCCCAGCUAGAAUUGGCACAGUUGAUAGGCACUGGAGUACGGCCACAAUUGCUGGGUCCACCGUCAAAACCGCACUUCCCCUCGCCAUUAGCAAAUUUCAGCAGUCUCGCGCACUCUGCCAAUUCGCACCAAACCAAUAAUCUCAAUCUGAGCUCAUUGGAUCCUAGCGUGAAGGAGUCCAUUGGCGAAACUAGUUCCUCGACGAGACUCGAUGGUGAUGCUAUUGUCGAGUUCGUCAAGGCUCUCUGUCAGGUAUCCCUUGAGGAGUUAGCACAUCCCACGCAACCGCGCAUGUUUUCUCUUACGAAGAUCGUUGAAAUCUCAUACUACAACAUGGGUCGUAUUAGGUUGCAGUGGUCUAGAAUCUGGCAAGUCCUCGGUGAUCAUUUCGACAGGGUGGGAUGCAGUCCUCGACAGGAUAUCGCGUUUUUUGCGGUAGAUUCUCUGAGACAACUAGCUACUAAGUUUAUCGAAAAGGGCGAGUUUGCCAAUUUCAGAUUCCAAAAAGAUUUUCUUAGGCCAUUUGAACACAUCAUGAAGAAAAAUAGGUCGCCUGUGAUUAGAGAUAUGGUUGUGAGAUGCGUAGCGCAGAUUGUUCACUCGCAAGCACCGAAUAUCAGGUCCGGUUGGAAGAACAUUUUCAGUGUUUUUCACCAUGCGGCCAGCGAUCGUGAUGAAUCUGUGGUCGAGUUGGCUUUUUCCAUGACCGGCAAGAUUAUUAAUGAGUUAUAUGCAGAAGACUUCAGUAUUAUGGUGGACUCUUUCCAAGACGCCGUUAAAUGUUUGAGCGAAUUUGCGUGCAACGCGUUUUUUCCGGACACUAGCAUGGAAGCUAUUCGGCUAAUACGUUCCUGUGCUUCUUAUAUUGAUGCAAAUCCCAAUUUAUUUGCCGAGGGUAUGAUGGAUGAAAGCGGGAUAGUCUCUGAGGAAGAUCGAGCUUGGGUGAGAGGAUGGUUCCCACUACUGUUUGAAUUAUCCUGCGUUGUGAGCAGAUGUAAGUUGGAUGUCAGGACACGCGCGCUGACAGUAUUAUUUGAUGUCGUCAAAACUCAUGGUGCAUCCUUUAAGCCUCAUUGGUGGAAGGACCUCUUUCAAGUUCUUUUUAGGAUCUUUGAUAAUAUGAAGUUGCCCGAACAGCAUACCGAAAAAGCUGAAUGGAUGACAACAACGUGCAAUCACGCACUGUAUGCCAUUGUGGAUGUGUUUUCACAGUUUUACGAUAUCCUGGGUCCUUUGUUGCUAGAACAGCUCUAUUUUCAGCUUCUCUGGUGCGGAUCGGGCACCAACUGCUUGGAAAAUCUGGUCAUUAGUAACGGCAUCAAAUUUGAUGAGCAGACUUGGCAGAAAACUUGUCAAUGUGUCUUAGACAUUUUCGAAAGCACUCUACCGUCUGCGUUGCUCACAUGGAAACCGCAUUCACCAAACAAAGAAUCGGAUCUCGACGUGAUUACCGGCGAAUCCGAUGGUUUUCAUGUUGGUAUUUUGAAGAGGAGCAACAGCGCGCAAAGCUUGAAUACUGAGAUCUUGCCGAAGGCAAAGCUUUUCUCCGCGUUGCAAAUUAAGUGUGUAGUCCAGCUUGAGUUAAUACAAACUAUCGACAACAUUGUUUUUUAUCCGGCGACAUCGCGCAAGGAGGAUCAGGAGAAUUUAGCGCUCGCGCAAGCCGACAUGUUGAACGGCAAAUCAUCAGAGCUUGUAAAGGCUGGCGCUGAUCAGCAGAAGGAGGAGCAAGGCAUGUACUGCGCUCUGACAACCAAUCAUCUCCUGCAGUUAGUAGAAUGCCUUCUACGAUCGCAUCGCUUCGCUAAGAGUUUCAAUUCGAAUCACGAGCAACGCAACGUAUUGUGGAAGGCCAGUUUUCGUGGCAACAUGAAACCGAAUCUGUUGAAGCAGGAGACGCAAUCGCUUGCUUGUGCACUGCGUAUUCUCUUUAAGAUGUACAGUGAUGAGGCGCAUCGCACAGAUUGGUCUAAGAUUGAGGCGCGACUGGUUGAGGUAGCAUGCGAAGCUCUGGAGUAUUUCCUGGCGCUCGCCAACGAGGCUCACCGAGAUGCCUGGACCCCGAUUUUGCUACUGCUGCUCACCCGAAUCAUCAAGAUGAACGAUCAUCGCUUCGCGAUUCAUGCCUCCACCUGCUAUCCCUGUCUCUGCGAGGUUAUGUGUUUCGAUCUCAAGCCCGAGCUCAGAUCGAUACUGCGCAGAUUUUUCCUCAGGAUCGGGCCAGUCUUCAGAAUUACACAACAGUAGUGAUGGAUUACAGGACAGGUAUUCAGGAUCGUCUCGAAUAGAGUCGACUGAUUGGCCGUAACAUCGCUCGCAAAAGAGACGAUAUUGCAUACUCAUCUCUACGGCGCGGGCGAUAGGAUUGUAAUUAAAUGUAAAGCGCGGUUAGAUACUUUAACUCGUGUUGAAUUAUUUAUGUACGAUUCAACGACUUUCACAUAUAUUUGUAUACGGCAUUUCGAACUUUCUUAACAUGUCUUUUUCAUGUAGCAUUGCACAUAACGCUAAAUGUGAUUCGGAUUUUAUCAUGUCUAUUUAAUGUACAUACAUAUUCGUAAUAUAUUAAUUGCAUUAAAUUGAGCACAUAAUGAUUGUGACGUUAUUAAUCAAUAAAACUUGUAAUAUAAUUGAAUGUUUUUAUUCAUUAUUAUUUUAUUUAUAUUAAUAAAUCAUUAAUAAUUAAUAUUGAUACUCUCACAUCCCACAUUUAGCGCUAAAUAUGCGAAUGCACAUUAUUACACACCUUCACAAAACGUUUGUCGCAAAAAUCGUUGGAUCGUAUAUGAACGAUUUAAUAUCACAUGUACACAUGCGUCUAUGUAAUAUA